AUGGCAGCCGAUGGCCCCCAACUGACCCCCGUUGGGGAAAAGUCCCUACCAGCAAAAUGCAAGGCGCAGGCCGUGGCGUACUGUCCCACGAUGGACCUGAUAGCGCUGGCGACCGAGGACGAGGAACUGCGCGUAUUCCGACUUAAUGGGCAGCGAGUGUUUGGGGGUUCUUUUGGUGGAGAUCCGUACCUAGGCGAGGAUGAAGAGGAUGGCGAGAUUAGAGGGAUGGCGUGGAAGGGGAAUGGUCACCUCCUCGCUGUCGCGUGUGGAGAUGGCUCGCUCCGCAUCAUCAGUUCGUACACCGGGAAGACGGUGCACCACUACCAGACCUAUCAGCAAAAAGAGGAACAAUCCAAUCCCACUGAGAACCAGACACCCAAGGCAACGUGCGUUGGGUGGGGUGUCAACUUCACAGACAGCAAAGCCGCACAGCGGCAUUUGCAUGAAUCCACGGGUCAGAUCUCGGUUGAUGAUCUUUUAGCCCCGGGAGUGUAUCCCUCCAAGGCAACUACCAUGCUCAAAGCAGAUUUACCCAGGGAACUUGCCUUGCUGGACAUUGAGAGCUCGCUACCAAAGCUGAGCACCCUGCCUGCAACAGGAGGCGAGGAUGAUGUCUUCAGCUCGCGGGCGUCGCUCGACGCCAUCUUCCAUUCUUCAAAGGAUACUAACGACUCGGUUGAAGUGCUCUCCGUCGGAUUUGACGAUGGCACUGUGCACCUGCGCAUCUUUGAUUGCUUCGAGAUCGGCUCUUUCCCUGUGGGAAGUUCCCCUGGUAUCUCCGACUCGUGCCGUAUCUUGAGACAUGCUUCGCACCCCUUGAGCUCGACGCAUGCUCUACUGACAUCGCCGGUUAAGGGAGAUACUCAUGGUCCGCUUGAGCUUGUUACGAUGGAUCUUCGCUUUAUUACCAAGUCUGGGAGAUAUUUGUCUCUUCUUGCGUCGAAGACCACUCAGCUUCAGAAUUUGCUGCGCUACAUUGAUCAGGUGCAGCGCCAAAUUGAGCUUGAGUGGAAGAAUGCCCAGGAGCUUCCUGCGCGGUUCUUGCGCAGUGUCAACGAGGAAUUGCAGGAGAAAUGCCAGUGUGAUUUUAUUACCGCUAUCUAUCACCUGGUGGUCACUGGUCAUUGCUUCGAGCCCAUGAAAGAAUUCCUUACGGAUAUUGUUGGAGAAAGAGGCCACAAGAGAUGGGACAAGGCUGUCUCGGGCGGCUACGAGAAUAUCCGACGACUGACACACGAAUGUCUCCUCCCGGCCUUGGAACGCACUCAAGUGCUUCUCAGUCGAUUGGUUGGAUUGUCCAAAUUCCACAAGCUAAGCGAUGUCCUUGGACUGGACACUACCAAGCUCAAUGCUAUCGUGGAGACACUUGAUUGUCUCCAUCUUCUUGCGCACCGUGUUCUCACGCAUGCCAACGAGGAACUGGGGCAAUUUGCCGCUUUCUCCAGAUGGCUUCGCCAAGAAAUCCACGUUCUUAACAGCGAACCGUUGUCGCAGACACUGGAAGAGCUGCAGGAGAAGAGGGACUUGUUCGAUGUCCCUCCUACUGUGAAGUAUAUUAAAGGCGCAUUGACCAAAAGUGCUCUACGAAACUUCAUCCGCCAACUUCCUAUGAUCGGAGUUGUUCAGCCUCCUACCCCUCCAGCUGAUAAAUGGCUUCCAGGUGGCCAUGGCCGCUCGUUCUUCGACACUUUCAAGUCACUUCUUCAGCAGCAACGCGAGUCCCGGGACAAAGGUGGUGAUGGUACAUCGGUCGAGACGCCUAAGCUUAAUGACUUGACGAGGCGUCUAGGCAUCCAGUUUGAGCAGGUCUUUGGAGAGAUUGCCUUGACUCAGCGCAGGGGAAUUCUCCAUCGCUCGCCUUUGACGCUUCACUCUGAUUGUGACCAAGGGGUCAUGGAUCUAACUUUCUGCUACGAGGAUGCCAUAGAAGGCCAGCCUUGCUCGAUAUACGUCGCUACCCGAUCAGUCACCUCAAAACAUCAAGUCUAUCUCUACCGCGUCGUCCUGAACUCAGUCGGCGGCGUCAGCUCAACAAGAAGUACAGCUCUCGCAACCCUCGACCUCCAAAAUGGCGAAGUCCGCCAACUACAAUUCGUCAACGACGACACACUCAUGGUUCUCUGGCGCGACAGCAGAGGUUCCUCCCAUCUCCUCAAUUUCCCCUUCCAGCCGGCCUCAACGCUGCCUCAAAGCGGAACAACCGACCCCUCGCCUUUGGUCAUUGACUACAUUGAAUGUGGCAGCACGCCAUCCGCUCCGAAGCCUACUAUCUCGGCUACGACACUAGAUGUCUCGCCUGAAUCCCCUCACGCGGGUGUCCUUAUACAUCUCUUUGCUCCCCAUGGCCCUAAAGCGCGGCCUGUACAUGUUGACGUUAAUGGACGGAAGGGACGGCGCGCUAUUUGUGUUUUGUAUGGGGAUUCUAUGCGGUACGAGGUUUUGGAUUUGGAUGCUGCGAUGUUAGAUGAUGAGGAGGAAGAUGAGGAUUACCAAGAGGGGGAUGAGGAGGAAGACGAUGGCGAUGAGGAAGUCUUCGAUAGUGAUGAAGAGAAUAAUGAGAACUAG